UGAUCCCCUAUUGCCCGGGGGCCCCAUGAGUUGUCAGUCCGCCCCUGCUUAGGACUAUCUAAGCCCCCCCCGGACCCUGCAUUCAUUAUAUGUGGUCUCCCAGGACCCUGCAUUCACUAUAUCUGGUCUCCCCAGACCCUGCAUUCACUAUAUCUGGUCUCCCCAGACCCUGCAUUCACUAUAUCUGGUCUCCCCGGACCCUGCAUUCACUAUAUCUGGUCUCCCAGGACCCUGCAUUCACUAUAUCUGCUCUCCCCAGACCCUGCAUUCACUAUAUCUGGUCUCCCAGGACCCUACAUUCACUAUAUCUGGUCUCCCCGGACCCUGCAUUCACUAUAUCUGGUCUCCCCGGACCCUGCAUUCACUAUAUCUGGUCUCCCCGGACCCUGCAUUCACUAUAUCUGGUCUCCCCGGACCCUGCAUUCACUAUAUCUGGUCUCCCCAGACCCUGCAUUCACUAUAUCUGGUCUCCC